GGUGCACAAUGCUGCUGUGCCCGGGCCGCUGCUCUGGUCCCAGUGCACCAUGCCGGCGCAGGCAGCGCCGGCCAGCGGACGCCUGAUUGGUCGCCUCAGGCGCUGUGUCUGUGAGCCCCGUGACCGGCCGCAAAUACACAGUCUGGAACGGAGCCUCUGCGUUACAACAUUGGCGACGAGGCGAUUCGAACCGCGUGGGGAGAUGGCGUGUGUUGGGAAGGCGCCAGAGUUUGACCCGGGAGUUGAAUCGUUUGGAUCCUACGCCAGAAGACUCGAGCAAUAUUUCAUUGCUAACGGCAUCACUGGUGAGGAUCAGCAAGGCAAGAGGCGUGCCGUUUUCCUCAGUGUCGUCGGAGCAAGAACGUUCGGUCUGUUGGAAGACCUGGUGGCCCCGACAGCCGUGAGUGACUGCACCUACACUCACCUCGUGGAUGUGCUGGAAGCUCAUUUUGAGCCCCAGGCUUCGGUGAUCGUGGCUCGAUUCCGUUUCCACUCGUGCUGCAGAGGGGCCCAGGAAGGAGUCAGCGCGUUUCUGGCGCGGUUGCGGAAGCUGGCUAAGCCUUGCCAGUUUUCUGCCGGUAUCUUGGAGGAGAUGCUACGAGACCGCCUGGUUUGCGGCAUCAGGAACGAGCGGCUGCAGUCGCGCUUACUGAGUGAGCCGCAUCUGACGCUACCACUGGCGGUGGAGCUGGCGCAGGCUCACGAGUCUGCUGCCGCUAGUGCCGCAGAGCUCAGCGGGCACGAAGUCGGCGCGCCCGGCGACUCGAUCGUGCAGCGGGUGGAGCGCGCCGCCGAGCGACGUGCCGGAGGUGCCGGCGGCGAGUUGGGGGCGCGGCGAGGCCCGCCGCGCCCUGCGACGGCCGCUGGCCCUCCUCAGCAGCGGCGAGAUGUUCGAGGUGGAGGCUCGACGGAGUGCCCCCGAUGUCUUCGAGAUCAUCUUCAGUCAGCGUGCCCGUUCCGGGGCCGGCGGUGCUUCGCCUGUGGCCAGCGCGGCCACAUCCGAGUGGCCUGCGGACGGGGGAGUCAGCAUCAGCUGCGCCAGCUGUCGGCCGAGGAUCCACAGUCGGCGUCCGUGAUGCAGUGCGGUGAUGAGAGUGCCGAGCUGUCGCGCCGAGAGGUGGCGGCUCCCGCGAGUGAUGAGGCGAUCGAUGAGGCCUACGCGAUGUUUAGUGUGCGGCCCGAGAGUGAGCGACGACCGCCGCUGAUGGUGAGCGUGGUGCUUGAUGGAAAGACAGUGGACAUGGAGCUGGAUACGGGGGCGGCGGUGUCCGUCUGCUCCGACUCCGUGCUCCGUCAGCUCUGGCCGAGCGGCGGCCCGAGCCUGGAGCCGUGCAACGUCACGCUGAAGACCUACAGCGGCGAACAGCUAUCGGUGUGCGGACAGGUAACGGUGAAUGUCGAGCACGGUGGCCAGGCUGCCAGGCUGCCACUUAUCAUCGUGAAGGGAAGUGGGCCGUGUUUGUUUGGCCGAAACUGGCUGAGUCAGAUCCGACUGGAUUGGCCCACAGUGUGUCGUGUAUCGUCCGCGUCUCGUGUGCAGCCGGUACUCGAUGAGUUUCCAGAUGUGUUCCGUGAUGAGCUCGGCUGUUUUCGUGGUGGCGAGGUCACCAUUGACGUGGAUCCAGAUGGGCAGCCGCGCUUCUUCAAGCCGAGGGCGGUUCCUCUGGCUUACCGGGAGGCCGUGGACGCGCAGCUGGAGAAGGAGAUACAGCAUGGACUCUGGGAACCCGUCCGCCACACCCCGUGGAGCCCGUGAUGCCACCCGUGCCACGUCCACUCCUGGUUCCCGUGUCGGCCGCACCGGUUCCAGCCGUGCCGGCCACCGGAGCCCCGCCGGAUCCCGCACCGGUGCCGGCCGCUGCUCCCGUGCCCAGCUCCGGUCCGUCACACCGGCCGCAGCCCGUCACUGACAGCUGCUCCAAUGGACCCGGGGAGUCGAGACCAGCUCUCCCCGUCGUACCAUCCACUGGCACGCCGGGUGGCUCCACCGGCCACCACGGGUACAAUCUGAGGAAUCGCGCGACCUUGCGAGCUCCGGAUCGAUAUUGAUGGGCACGUGUGUAUGACUCGGUUUUCGCAGAAGUGUUUUCUUCGGUUAUGUUCUUGUUACGGUGAUGGUUUUGUAACCAGGGGGGAGGAGUGUUGUGGUGCACAAUGCUGCUGUGCCCGGGCCGCUGCUCUGGUCCCAGUGCACCAUGCCGGCGCAGGCAGCGCCGGCCAGCGGACGCCUGAUUGGUCGCCUCAGGCGCUGUGUCUGUGAGCCCCGUGACCGGCCGCAAAUACACAGUCUGGAACGGA